UUAACACCUUUUUUUAAACUGCAAAUCUAUAUGUAAGUCUAUCGUAUAACGUAUUUAUUCCGUGCGGACAUGCUGCUUUUUCCCCUUUUUUUAACCCUCGUUUCAGUACAGUCCACGACGUCUGUCUGUUCACAUUUGCCAUCCGGUUUAUGCUUUGUGGAUUGCACCACACAGGAUGAAUACAAAGUUGUCUGCGAGAACACCGACGGCAAUCAGCUGCAGUCGGAUCUGCAGAUCUUCGCCGGUCUGAAUGUCUCUUUCGCUCUGCACAUAUGGAAUUCCCCGGCCAUCGAGCGUCUGGGUGGGACGAGCUUCCUGGAUGUCCAGUACUCUCUGGUGGAGUUGGACAUGCAGAAUGUGGACAAUCUCGAGAUGUUCCCGGAAGUGAAAUCGCUGAUGGUGCUGCGAAGAUUAACCAUACAGAAUGCGCCGAAACUGAAAUAUUUCCCCGUGGAACUGCUGCCACAAAGCAUUGAAAGCAUCGAACUGCGCCGCACCGGUAUCGUGGAGUUUUACGCUGCGAACACCGGCGAACAGCGCUUUCCCAACAUGACCCGUUUCCGCAUCCACGACCAGACCAUCCACUUCCUGGACCAGUACUUUAUCACCUUCCCCAACUUGACCACCAUCGAGAUCCUGGACUGCCAUGUCGACAUCGGCCGAAUGGACAGCAAUCCCCAACCCUUCACCACCCAGAAAGCCUUGAAACGCCUCCUCAUCACCAACAACACCUUCGAAUCGACCGAUGUUGAUUUCCACGUCUUCAUCUUUCGGCAGAUUAUCAACAGCAUGGUGGUAAAUAAUGAUACCGAAAUCGAGAUCUCCAAUAACGCCUUUCCCAUUGGGAAGCAGGCGCUGAAGAACUUCGAUCUACUGCAGCCCAUUCGGCGGUUAUCACUGCGCGGCAGCUACUUUGAGAAUUACAUUACACUGGAGAACAUUUUUGCUAAUUUUAAUAACCUCGUGGAACUGGAUCUGGGGCACACAGGUCUUCCCAUUUAUAAACUGGGAAUAUUUCGGGGACUGCCGAAUCUGGAGAUCCUCCGGCUGGACGGGAAUGAGUUACGCGAUAUCGAAGACAGGGAUUUUUUCGACGGUCUUUUAGCGAAGAAUUUUUCGUAUUUGGACUUAUCCGAUAACAGCCUGAAGACCAAUCCAUGGGGUUAUGAAAACUGGGCGCGGAAUCUGAUGCACUACGAUUUAGGCGGUAAUACCAUCUCCCGGCCGCUGUUUACCAAUAAGUCGCAAUUCUUCCCCAAACUCAAGUUUAUCAGUCAAGCGCGAAACAAGCGAAUAAGUUUGAUGUCGGCGAAUUAUUUGUCCAUGGCACAAGUAGAGAUCAUCGACUUGAGCUGCAAUGAUUAUAUGGACAUCACCAAAGAUUAUUUUAAUGGUUUGCCGCCGACGUUGAAGAUGCUGAAUUUGUCGUUCUGUCCCCGAAAAGAAAGCCAUCGUGUGCUGAUCGAAAAGGAUGCUUUUGUGGGGUUCCCGACAAUCCGUGAACUGUACAUGAACCGAGCGUUUAUCCGGGCGAACUUCUUUAAUAAACUCAAAAAAAUGAGUGACGCAAGCGCGAAAGCCUUGCGCGUGCUCCAUCUAGCAUACAAUAAAAUCGCCUUCCUCCACGGAAAGGGCGUCUACUUCACCCCGUUUACGGGACUGGAAUACCUCGAUUUGGAAUACAACAUGCUGCAAUCGACGGGGUCAGGCGCGUUUUCUCCUCUGAAAAGCUUACGUCGACUAAACCUCGCACACAACGCUUUAUUCUCCAUCGGACCCAGAGAUUUUACCGGGCUGGAUAAUCUGGAAGAUUUGGACAUCUCCGCGAAUAAACUACUACUCAUCGAUAAAGGUGCUUUCGAUAUGCUACCGAGUCUCACUGCGCUCUUCGUCCACGACAACAGUCUGGCGGAGAGCUCCAUGCCGCUGAAGAUCUUUGGUGAUGGGAAAGGUCGCAAUUUGGUACAUCUCAGUAUCGGGAAUCUUCCGGUAGGCUGCGUCGAUCCGCAGCUAUUUAACCGCUUCCGCAAUCUGCGGUGGGUGUACCUCAACGAUUCCAUUCCGAUGUUUGCCGAAAUGGACCCCAAGUUAGACACGCUGCAGCAGAUUGCCCGUGCGCCGCUGCAUGAGUGGGCGGAUCUGCAGAUGUGCCCGUCGAAAUGGAACGGCGAUAAAGUUAUGGAUUACAGUACCUCCUUUGUGCGGGUUCUGGUGGCCGAUCGCAAUCAGACGGUGUAUCAGGAUCUGUAUCUGCAUUUUAACACGUGCUUCUCCGGCAUAAGAAACAUUAAGGACAAAGUAUUAAAUACAUUAUGUCGAUCUGUGUAAAUAAACCCGAAUGAUAUUGAUGGGGUAUCCUGAAAGGUGAAAAGGCUGUAUCUUAUUUAUACCGUGCGUCGUUAUCGAUGUCUUAAAGCCUUGUUGAACUUAUUCAAGAACAGUUUUAGCCUUUUAGGCAUGCAAGUUGUCGCAGCAACACGGACUGUGAACUUGCGCCCGGUGUUGUUCGAUGCUACUGUACAGUA